AACCAAAGAGGAGCAAACAAGGAUCGUCCCUCUGCCGCUAAUGGAGACGAAAUGCUUGGAGACUGAAGAGAGGAAACGACUGAGAUCAUAGAGAGCUGGGGAGCAACGUGGCUGUCUGUCUUUGCGGGAUUAUUACAAAAUGAAACCUUGUAUUCUCAAGGAAAGAUAGAGGGAAUGGAGGAUUUAUGAAUUAAAGAUUUCCGCACACGAACAGGUUCUGCAUGAUCGGCAAGCUUUGAUGUUUACAGUGGAUCACUUGAUGUACAGUCGCCUAGGCUAAUUCGUAUCAAUUUGAUGUUGCAUUCUGUUGUCACUUUUGAUGGCAACAUUGACACUUGUAGCUUUCAAGCGACUAAUUUAGCGGUGGUAAAAUGUGUGUUUUUAUUCUACAUAGAUACGUUAUUCUACGAAGAAAAUGAAAUGGUGUGUGAAUCGCAAAGGCCAUCCAUGCAUUAGCUUAACUGUCAAAGAACAUCACACUUGAAUUCUCUCCCUUUGUGAUACUUUGAUUCGUGCGUCACACUGUUCAGAUCUUAAGUUGGCGGACAAGCAGACGUGAUCGAAGUCUUGUACAAGGUGUUCCACGAUGGAACGAAAUCAUUCUUUUCCGUGAGGAUGAACCACAGAACCAGUCCCACCAAGGCUUACGAUUUUCUGCUGAAAUUUCUCCUGGUGGGGGACAGCGAUGUUGGGAAGGGGGAGAUACUAGCGAGCCUACAGGAUGGAGCCAGCGAGUCUCCAUACGGCUACAAUAUGGGAAUCGACUACAAGACGACAACGAUUCUCCUAGAUGGAAGAAGAGUCAAGCUGCAGCUCUGGGACACAUCUGGCCAGGGCCGCUUCUGCACCAUCUUCCGUUCGUACUCCAGAGGAGCACAGGGUGUGAUCUUGGUCUAUGACAUCACCAAUCGCUGGUCCUUUGAUGGAAUUGACAGAUGGAUAAAGGAGAUAGAUGAGCAUGCACCGGGAGUGCCCAAGAUCCUGGUGGGAAACCGCUUACAUCUGGCCUACAAGCGUCAGGUGACCACAGAGCAGGCGCAGGUCUACGCUGAGAGGUUAGGGGUCACCUUCUUUGAGGUCAGCCCGCUGUGCAACUUCAACAUCACUGAGUCCUUCACAGAGCUGGCUAGAAUAGUCCUUAUGAGGCACGGAAUGGAGAGACUCUGGAGGCCCAACAAAGUGUUGAGUCUCCAGGACCUUUGCUGUCGUUCCAUAGUUUCCUGCACUCCGGUUCACCUGGUGGACAAACUUCCUCUGCCUCUGGCUCUUAAGUCUCACCUCAAGUCUUUCUCCAUGGCCAAUGGGCUCAAUGCCCGCAUGAUGCAUGGAAGCUCUUACUCCGUCACUGCCACUGCUGCCAACGCCACCCACAGCACCACUAAGAGAAAUGGAGGCCAGUUGCUGAAAAAGAAAAAACUGAUACGCCCCCCCCCACUCAGCCCAGCAGCAGCCCAGAGCUGUGCCCGCAACAGUUGCAAAAUCUCCUAGCAAAAACACAGAACCAAGAAACAUUAAGUGGAAGUCCUUGGCAGUGGAUGUGCCGUCACAGAGACAGGAAGUUGGUUGAUCACUAGUGCAGCUCGUCUUUGGGCUAAGAGCCUCCUAAGGGGGGGUUCAACGAGGGGUGACCCAUCACGUCCCCUACUUCCCCCGAACCAGGAAGUUGUCACAGGGGCUGGAUGUCAUUGGCUCCCUUAACCACCAUUCUGGCUCUCACAGGACCAGGAGACUGGGGUGAAGGCAUGGUUCGGCCCGGUGAGUCACUGACUUGGACCAAGAGAGACAUUUUGAUCACAUAUCACAUCUGAGCCAUAAGACUAGAUAGUUCAUUGUAUGUUUCCAGAAGUACUUUCUGAACAGAUGACGUGUAGAAGUAAAUAGUACUAAAUAGUACCCUUAUUUACAAUAUUUGUGGUUUAUCUUGGUCCUUUUUGCUAUAUUGCCUCACCCACUGUAGUCAAGGACACAAAGUAUGGAAUCAGUUUUUUGUGAUCUAAUUUCACAAUAAAUAUGUCAUUAGUGGACCGGUCUUAUAAAUUAUUUGCCUUUUAAACUAAAAUACAUUUCCUGCUGAUGUAAUGUAGGUAUUUUAAGCUGGUUAAUCUUUGCAGAAAACAUUUGUAUAAUGUGUAUGAUAUGUACAAUUAUGACGUUAUUUGAUACGAUGUUUGCUGUUAUUUGAUACGAUGUUUGCUGUUAUUUGCCAUUGGGUUUGUACCAGUUUCCAAGUGUUCAGUGACAGAUUUUACUAUUUCACAUAAGACACCAACACCAAAGAUAUAUACGUAGAUAAAGCCUGAAGAUGUCACUAAAUGAACACUGUUUUUUUACAGUGAUAACACUAACGGAUUUACAAUAAACUUUACACAAACAGGU